UUUCCACAUCGUAUGGCAGGCAGGAACGUACGUACGUUGCCUGCCUUUGCUCGGCGGAGAUUUCGUUCUUUUUUGACAGGGGCAACACCAAAGACGAAACACCCCUAUUGUCUUCGUGUGUUGCGCGCGGCUAGGGACACGGACGAUAGUGUCGUUUUGAUAUAUUUUUGAUUUCACAAUAUCGUUUUUCCCGUGUGUGUAUGUGUGUGUGUGUUUGAUUUUUUUUGGUACUUCGUUGUCAUUUUUUGUUGGCCCCUCCGUACACGUGAACGAGUGUGUGUGUGUGCCUGUGUUUGUGUGCCCAGUGUACGAACACACACGCAAAAAUCAUCCAUAGACCAGAAUCUCUCCUCUCCAAGUAGCCGAACGUACGGUUGGAACGGCCAAAAUAAAAAAAAAGUGUCAUAAAAGAUCAAAGUGAGAUCUCGGGGUGGCUCACCCUGUGCACUGUACCUGUGUACGGUGCGACCGUAUGUGUGUCGGUGGUAUGUGUGCUGCUACCGUUCUUCAACCUUGCUGUAUGUUUUGCGAGCGGCCACGACCGAGUUGAACAGUUCAGUGUCGUGCAAGUGUAGCAGGUUCCGAUUCCGCAGUCACGGGGCAAAUAUUUUACGACCCGUGUGCUCGAAAACAGUGCCAACCGAACGAAAUACGAAAUACUCGACUCGAUGAAACUCGUAACGAAACGAAACAUGUAACGAAAUCCAGGUGCAAAUAUUCCAAUACAGUGCGGACCAAGUGCGUGCCAAACGGAAACGGAAGCAUCCAUAGUCGUCCGCAGCACGGCGACACAGCGCGCACAACGACGGAGAAGCAAAAAGAAGAAAGAAUACAGCGCCUUUACAGUGCGAAGUGAAAAAGUGAGAGCAAAGAAAAAUAAUCGAAAGAAAUAGCUUUCCACAUCUACUCCCUCCUCAUCCAUCUUAGCCAAAGUACGGGGGCCUGCUACAUACGGGACUCCUCACGACCCCUGCAGCUUCAGAGAUCCCAUCGACUCGAUCUGGUCUGAGGCGGAAGAAAAAGCCAAGCAUCACCGUGUGUGAUAGUGUGUGAUACCCCGAAGUGAAGUGGUGAAUUAAAUUUUUCACAUCGAUCCAGUAGUGGCCCCACACUCCCCACAGGAGCUGUAUAGAGUGAGCGCAGUUUGUGUGGUUGUUUGACGGGGACGACGGUCACGGGCUAGAACACGGCCAGCAGUAACACGUACACGUACCUCCUUUUGCGUGCAUGUGUGGAUAGAUAGAAACGGUAGAUAUAGAUAGAACAGUUUAGAUAGAUAGUAUUGCUUGAAUAUCCGUCACCCUGACAUCACCGCAAGUGCCUGCAUAGCGCAAAAGAAACGUGAGGAGCGUGGCUGGCAAAGCACCUGAUUACUUGGGAUCCAUUCAUUUCACCGCCACCACAGCGCACCACCACGAUACGCACAUUGAGCAUUGUGAGGCCUCGUGAUCUAGGUUAGGUUUUUGUCCACGGCAGCCAGUGCGGUAUCCCCAGCCGCCAUCCGAUUCGUAACGUCAAGACGACGGUGUGUGUUGCAACCUAGCCAAGUGUCUGUGUCUGUGCGCGCGCGUGUGUGUGUGAGUGUGUGUUUAGCGUCGGCCAGGGAAGCGAUCCGACCCAUUAGCAGGUACCUUUGCAGUGGUGUGCACCGCCGUUACGUGUCGAUCAUAUCGCACCAGACCCGCUAUGAUCCAGUGCGGUCGGUAUCGCGUCAUCUGCCGUCGCUCCAUCGUACAGCUAUUGCGAUGAGUCGACCAGCAACGGCGUGGCAGCAUCAAUACGACGUAGAUGAGGAUAACGACGACGAGGGCGGAGUGUGUUGCAAGUGCUUAGUGCAUCAGCCGGCCGCGAUCGAUAGUAGCGCGGUGCAGCAGAUAUCAGUUAUUGCUUAUUAUUACGAGUGUGACGACGAAGACGACGACGACGGUGAACAUCACCAGCAUCAUCGGUUGCGGCAGCAUCGUUGGCAGCAGCGGCGACAGCCACGGACCACAGGCUGCCCGGUGGUUUAGUGCGAAGAGAAAUGAAAGAUGUCGCACACGGCGGCAAUGCAGGCGGGCGGCAGUUCGGCCGCGGCGGCCGCUCGUGCCGAUAGUACGCACAUUAGCGGCGGUCGGUACGACUUCGAAGAUGGUGGAACAUUCUGUGGUGGCUGGGAGGAUAACAAGGCCCACGGCCACGGCGUUUGUACGGGUCCAAAGAACAAAGGUGCUUAUUCCGGAGCAUGGCAUUACGGUUUCGAGGUGUCGGGGAUAUAUUGUUGGCCAAGUGGCUCCACAUACGAGGGACAUUGGCAAAAUGGUAAAAGACAUGGGCUGGGUAUUGAGGUUAGAGGCAGAUGGGUGUACAGAGGCGAAUGGACGCAAGGUUUCAAGGGUCGGUACGGUGUGCGACAAAGUGCAUCAUCGACGGCCCGGUACGAGGGAACAUGGGCCAACGGGCUGCAGGACGGUUACGGUUCGGAAACGUACGCCGACGGAGGUAGCUACCAAGGACAAUGGCAGCGGGGUAUGCGGCAUGGGUACGGUGUCCGCACAUCGGCCCCGUUCGGUAUGGCCGCCCGAUUUCGGCCAAAGUCGGUACGCGUGUCGAUGACCUCGCUGCGAAGUACCGACGGUGGCAAUCAGGCACCGACGCCGGAUCCGGGCGAAAAGCGCAACCAUCGGAUCGAUGAUGCGCGCGGCGGAUUCGUGCUGAAGGCGAAAUCCGACGAGACACCGGUCCGCCGGAACAGUUUGGUAGAGAAAACAAAGAAAGGACUUUUAUCGGGACUCAAAAUUAGGAAACAAAAAAGUACGGGCGAUUUGGAGAAACGUGGCACGGGCACGGGUAGCAUUCGGUCUACGGCGUCGACCGCGUCCUGGUUGAGUACGGAAUCAUCACAAUCAGGAAUGACAAAUAAGACAAUGCACACGGAUUCCAAUGCAAGCUUUAUAGUAGAGGACGAACAGUUGGAUGCGAGCGUGGUAGAAACGUACAUGGGUGAGUGGAAGAAUGAUAAGCGAUGUGGAUAUGGUAUUUCGGAGCGCAGCGAUGGAUUAAAGUACGAAGGAGAGUGGUAUGCGAAUAAGAAGUACGGUUACGGUGUGACUACAUUUAAGGACGGUACGAAGGAGGAGGGCAAAUACAAGAACAACGUGUUGAUCACGAGCCAGAAGAAGAAGCACCUGUUCUUGAUCCGCUCGGCCAAGUUCCGCGAACGGAUAGACGCGGCGGUCGAUUCGGCCCAGCGCUCCUCCAAGUACGCACUGCAGAAGGCGGACAUAGCGAUAUCGCGCACGGCCACGGCCCGCGGCAAGGCGGAACUGGCCGAUGCGGCCGCGGACGAAGCACGGGCCGAAUCCGAUCUGGCGAUACGGAUCGCGCGUGACUUUGCGCCCGACUUUAAUCCGUCCCUGCUGGAGCGGUUCGAUCGGUUGCGGCGCAACCGUGUCUACCCACUGCCGGACAGUGUGAAGCUGAACGAGAUGCCGGGCCGAUCCGGUCAGGAUGAGUACGGUGCGCACAGCCAGCUACACAACCACGCCAACAAUAAGGAGCUGGAGCUGGCGAACAUGAAGAACGCACUGAACAGUCCGUUCGGGAUGGGCGGUGCCACGAAUCAGCGCCUGUCGAACUAUUACGACCAGAAAGGACCAAACACGAACAGUUCCUCCAUGGGCGGUCCGAAUGGGCCGAUUGGUGGGGGUGGCAUGCAGCAAUCAUCGAUGGCACACUACGGUUCGGCGAUGGGCCCAGGCCAUGAUCAUGCGGGACAGUCCGCCAGUUCACGGCUAAUGGACGAUGGACUACAGUCGAUGUACGGUCGGCAGCAGGCCGGUUCUGCCCCACAGCAGUACGGUACCAGUGGUCCGUCGGCCAACUACUACGGAUCGGGCGCUUCAACGAAGCAGGUGCCAGCCGGUGGUGGCAUGCUGUCGAACGCAAAGUUUUCCUACGAACAGUCGAGCUUACAGUCGCGGGACGAUCCGAUGCUCGGUGGCGUUACCAGCCCGAGACGGACGUCCACGAUGCAGCCCGCAUCCUCGUCGAUGUACGGCGAGCCGGCCAAACAGAUGAACUCCCGUCCAGCACCAUCGCUCGGUGCCAUCGGUAGCCAAUCGUCGAUAGACUACUUCGACCAUUACAAGCGACCGCCCAGCAGGGAUGGUUCGGUCGAUCGGUACACGCGUGCCGCUAGCAAGCUGGGCGGUACCGGCAUCAACUCACGCCAACCAUCGGUGGAGAAAACGGGCCCCGGAUACAUGACGAGUGCGGGAGCCGUUGAUGGCGGUGAGGUUAGCGAGCGGAUCGGUACGUUACGGCGCGGUUCCCAGAUGAUGACCGGUCCGACAAUUACCAACGGUUCCAUCCCGCCGAAUGCCUCCGGCAUGGGCAACGGUAGUGUACGGCCGGGAUCACGUGCGACCACUCCACUGCAUCAGCUGCACAGUGUCGAUAUGGGCCAGCAACAGCAGCAACCAUUCGAGGAUGUGUUGCUUCGGCAACGGACACUCGGGCAGGACAUUAUUCCUUCGCUAACGCAACCGAAACGCACCGAAAGUCUUUACCUAUCGAAACCGGCCAUCAACAGUGUACCGAUGGGUGGUGGAGGAGGUGGUGGCGGUGGAGGUGGCUUUGGUGGCGGCGGCGGUGGAGGAGGCAUGAGAGCGAGAGGUGGUGGUGGUGGUGGUGGAGGCGGCGGGGGCAACGGUAUGGCAGCGUUUAGUAGGGAGCCUAAGAGUAUUCCAGUAAAUGCAACUCUACAGAGGAAGAAAUCAUUACCAGACGUACAACAGCUACCGUUCUCGACCGGUGCCAUGAGCCGAGAGGAGGUGUCGAUUCUUGGUUCUGCUCGGCGCGAAGAGGUCCGGCGACUGAGGGAUGAGCAGGAACGCUUACGAGUUAAUCCAUUGCUGUAUCUGGUCAGUCCACAAGUGAGGGAUUGGUUUUCGCGCCAGCAACUGGUCAUGCUAGUGCUGAUCGUUAAUAUUGCCUUGGCUAUUUUAUUCUUUAAAAUACUCACAUAGCGUUGGCUCAGUCCAUGUUUGCAUUUCAGCAUGUUUCUAAGAGAGGUGGCACUAUAGAAUAGCCGAAAGCAGAAAUGAAGAUAAUAUUUAAACGAACAUUAUGGGAUAACUCUUGUCGCAGCAGGGUACGCGCUACCAAGCAAAAACCAAAAUGCAAAUGAACAAAAAGUCCCCCGCAAAAUCAAACAAAAAACAAAAGCAAGCUAAUACUCGCACACAGGACAAAAAAAAACAUAAAACCACACACACACAACUAUACACGAAAACACAGAUAAAACAGAAAAAAAAGAAAGACGAAACUAUUUUCCGCCCGCUGCAUCCUUGUGCAAUUGUGACCAGUUUUUUUGGAACGUCGGACCUUCAAAGCCAAAGGCGAAACCGGCGUGUGUACACUAAGUAGCGAACGUAAAAGGAGGAUGACAAAUAUUUCGAGCAUGGUGGGAAACGAGAUGUUUAAGUGAGGCAAUCAAUUAGUGAGCGGCAUGGAGAUGAAAUCAAUAAAAUUGUUUAUCUUUGUGCAUCAAUCAUCAACCUUUCGCAAUUACGAUCCAUCCUUUACCUACGUAAAAUAUAUAAAAAAAAAUGAACAAGAAAACAUAUAAUUAAACGUAACACCGAUAUAUAGUUGAGCAGUGGAAGGAAGUAACCCAGGUCGGCAAGAAACAUUGAACGACAAAACCCGGGUAGUUACGCAAAUCAAGCGAUGUGUGAUUGGUGCGAAAGGUUUGAAAAGAGGAAAAACGAAGGAAUAAAAAAAAACAAAAAACCAAAAAAAACAAACAAAACAAACUUUGCAAACAAAUUAAUGAACCAAACCUUUUCAAGUUUACAAUAGUAAAACAAAUAAAUAAAAGCAAAAAAACAGGAAAUGCAGCAAAAAAAAGGAUUAGUAACAAUUUCGAUCGAACGAGUAACAACAGGGAGAAGUUUAGAAGAAAGCAGAAGGAGAGAGUGAGAUAUCGAGAGAAAACAAAACCAAGGUAGGAAAAGCUAUACAACCAAAAACCAAGAGAAAGAAAAAAAACAAACUAGAUAAACCAAUUGUGAACCGGUCGUCGGGCGGUAGUGAAAAAUUUGCAGCAGAAUGCGAAAGCCAAAUCUUACGAAAAACUUUGUUAACAUAAUUUUUAGCAAAAAAAAAAACAAACAAACGCCAUCUCGUAACACGUCAGAGGGCGCGAAGAAGAUACAACAACCGAAUCCAAGUUUAAUUAUUUCUUUCGUUUUUUUGUUCCAAAUCACAGGAAUAUUCAAAUUUGCUUAAGGUCAAGCUCUUAAGAUUCUAAUAAACAAAAAAAGUAUGUUGAAUUUUUUCCA